CCUGGAGGGUGUUUUCUCUCUCCCAAAGGGUGCUGUGUGCAGGGCCGGCUCCACCAUGGACUGUAGCUGCGUCUCCGACCUCCUCUUCGCCCCGCCUGCCCUGCCGGCUCUCUGGACCCCCGGGUUUGCCUUCCCGGAUUGGGCCUACAAGCCGGAGUCGUCCCCUGGCUCGAGGCAGAUCCAGCUGUGGCAUUUCAUCCUGGAGCUGCUGCAGAAGGAGGAGUACCAGGGUGUCAUCGCCUGGCAGGGGGACUACGGGGAAUUCGUCAUCAAGGACCCCGACGAGGUGGCCCGGCUCUGGGGCAUCCGCAAGUGCAAGCCCCACAUGAACUACGACAAGCUGAGCCGGGCCCUGCGCUACUACUACAACAAGCGCAUUCUGCACAAGACCAAAGGGAAGAGGUUCACCUACAAGUUCAACUUCAGCAAAGUCGUGCUCGUCAAUUACCCGCUACUGGACGUGGCGGCGGCCACCACCGGCUCCCCGCUCUUGCUGACCCCUGGUCCCUUUGGGGGGGGCCCUGGGCCAGAUGCUCCUCCCCUCACCCCUGAGGUGAGUUAGGGUGCUGGGGUCUCAGAACUGGGGCAUUUGGUGUCCCCCAGCCAUGGAGCCCUGGGGAGGGGGCGGCCAGUCUGAGCAGCACUGCCUCCCUCACCUCCCUCUCCAGACCCUGCAGACCCUGUUCUCUGCCCCACGCCUGGGAGAGCCUGGUGCCCGGGCGCCCCUGUUCACCCCCGAGACGGACAAACUGCGUCUGGACAGCCCUUUCC